AAUAACCCAAGUACUGUAAUAUAUUUUAAUUUCCAGAAAAUGAUUGGAAUUAUAAUGGUGGUAUACCAGUAUGUACUGCUGGUAUGUGACUUCGUGCAUCUGGUUCUUCUAUCUGCAUUUCUAAUGCUAAAAUCGAUAUGGCAUUUUGUUUCACCUCCUCCACUCAAGGUCAUCACUGGAGAAGUUAUUCUGGUGACAGGAGCUGGUCAUGGAAUUGGAAGGGAAUUGGGACUUCAGUUUGCUCGUUUAGGAGCCCGAGUCGUGUGCUUGGAUAUUAAUGAGGCAAACAACAAGAAAACAGUAACAGACAUCAGCAAGGAAGGUGGAAGCGCUUGGGGUUAUAAGUGUGAUGUGAGCUGUAAGGAAGAUGUCCAUGCAGUAUCAAACAAGAUCCGCAAAGAAGUAGGGGAGGUAACUAUCCUGGUAAACAAUGCUGGUAUCAUGCCAUGCAAGCCAUUCCUCAGACACACUCCUGAGGAAGUCAUCAACAUCUUUAGAAUCAACGUGUUUUCUCAUUUCUGGACUGUUCAAGAAUGGUUACCAUCUUUCAUGACAGCUGGCCGUGGUCAUGUUGUUGCUGUAUCUUCUAUUGCUGGCCUCAUGGCAACGUCUAACCUUGUCCCAUAUUGUUCAUCAAAAUAUGCUGUUAGAGGUUUGAUGGAUGGCCUGACAGAGGAGAUGCGUUAUGCUGGAAGGAAUCCAAACAUUAAAUUCACACGUGUUCAUCCAUUUAUUGUUGACACAGGCCUUGCUAAGAAACCACGUAUUAGGUUUCCAUCUUUCAACCCAAUCACUACAGCAGAACAGUGUGCAGCCAAGAUAAUUGAAGGUGUUUGCAGGGAGGAAGAGGUUGUCUGCAUCCCAACCAAGGAUUAUUAUGGGCAUAUUAUUAUGCAGAUGCUUCCACGACCAGUGCAAAAGGCAUUUUUGGACUUCAUGGAUACAGGUGUAGAUGAAGAUACCAGCUAAUCACUAUUACUCUACGAUAGACUUGCACUGCUGUCAAGUGAUAACAGCAGAUUAAUUGUUUGUAUUCUACUUAAGUAUAGAACUAGUGGCCUUCUCAAUGUCAUGAAUGUAAACUGUCUUCCAGUGUGACUAAGAAUAUUCAUUGCCUUAAUUCAUAAAUUUUUAGAUGGUAUAUAUGAUGCUCUUAUAUAUACAUUUUGUGUAUAUAUAUUUUUGAAAGUGUAUUGGGAUAGUUAUAAAUGGUGCCAAGUAUUUACUUUGAAGGUUGUAUUUUAGUGUUUUAAAUUAGAAUAACUUUUAUCAUACCAUAUAUAUCACUUUUUGCUAUAUGUGGAGUUUAUAGUUAUCUAUCAGGGAUAAUCUGUGAUUUUUAUGUACUGUAUGUAUAUGGUACAUUUCAACAUUCCUAAUCAGCAGAAGAAAAAGCUUCAAAUAGACAUAAAGUAAUAGCCUUUUUGACUUUAAGAACGAAUAAAAAAUGUAUUAAGUACCUAGCUGUAAAGUUAUUUAUGCACCUGUCCACAUAAUCAAGUCAGUAAUAUUUCAGUUAUUGAGGUUAUGGUGUAUUGUUAUUAAUUAAUUCCUUUUUGAUAAAUGAUAAGCUAACCUAGAUUAACUUACCUUGAAUGUAAAUUUGCUGGAAGCAGUGUGUGAGAAAUUGACUUAGAAUUUAGGUGGAUGGGUUGCAUUUAUUAGACCUGUUUGUUUAAUAUGGUGCAAUAAGUAUUUUAUUAUGUUAUGCUACAAUACGAACACAUUAAUGAGUAUAUUGAGGAGUGAGACCCCUCAAUAAAUGUAUAUAAAUAUACCACAGGGUUGAUUAUAGUAUUUGGAGUUCUCUUAUUUGUAGCAAGUUUUCCCAAAGUAGUAUUAUAUACUUGUACAUAUUCCAAAAGCUGCUAACAUUGUUGAGAUGAUGGGUAAUUUUAUUAUAGCUCAGUUAGUAGUUACAGUGUAUGUACAGGUAGUUGUUUAUAGACAGCUGGUCACACUACUUUGGAAUUGUGAUCAAAUCUCAGUCUUUUUUUUUUUUAUGCUUUUUGUCUUCAGUCUAGUGAGAACAUGAUUACUGAACUGAUAUUGUUUUUCCUCCUUCCUUAGCUCCUCUCUCUUCUUAGUAUUUAUUUUCAUGUUUUUUUUUUUUUUUUUCACAUUUAUAUUUUGCUUUCUUAUAGUCUAAUUAUUGUGACAGUGAGUUUGAUAGUUAUUUAUACAGAUAUUCAGACCACUUGAAUGUUGUAAUCAAAUUCCUGUCAUUUCUGAACUUAAGUUUAGCACAGUUAUUACACACACAAUCUUCCCUCCUUCCCUAAAUCUUUUCCUUUAUCUGUCUCUCCAUUAUUUUUAUUGCUCUCCUUAUUUUCCUCUCUCUAUCUUGAGUUUCCAUGUUCGUUUACUUUUUAUGUAUCCAAUUCUCUCAUUUUGAAUCUCUCUAUGUCAUUCUUGUGAUUUUUGUUUGCAUGGUUACUUUUCACUCAAGUAUUUUUCUUUCCAUUAUUCAGAGUGAGUACACGUAUUCAGUAUUUUGUAAAACAUUUAAACUUUGAAGCGUGUCUGCAGUUUCAGGUUGAGUUUAAAUCCAGCAUUAGACAAAUGCAACCAUUAGACUACACAGUAAAACAAAGAGAUUUUAAGUAAUGCUUAAGAUGAAUAAAGGCAGGAUGUCAUACACAUUGCCCGUAUCCCUAAUACUUUACAGGAGGGCCCAAUAACAUGUUUACACUAUCAUAUAUUAAGUUAUCAGUAGAACUAGUCAUACAAAAAUUAAUAAAAAGUAAAAUGCAUAUACAGUACACUCAUUACUUGCCUUAAAAUAUUUGUAGUUUUAAUGUAGGGUCAGAGGUGAAUAGUAUACGUAUAUACAUGUAUAUAUACACUAGUUCCUCGGUGGGAUACGGCUGGUCUGAAGAAAGAAUAUACACUAGUUGUAUGCGACACAAUAACCGCACAAAUAUUGUUAUUAUUAUGUUGUUUACAAAACUUGUUUUCAUAAACCAACAAUUAAAAAAGUUGUUUAUUACUAUUUCUUUCUUUCAACACACCAGCCGUAUCCCACCAAGGCAGGGUGGCCCAAAAAGAAAAACAAAAGUUUCUCUUUUAAAUUUAGUAAUUUAUACAGGAGAAGGGGUUACUAGCCCCUUGCUCCCGGCAUUUUAGUCGCCUCUUACAACACGCAUGGCUUACGGAGGAAGAAUUCCGUUCCACUUCCCCAUGGAGAUUUAUUACUAUUUUUCUAUAAUAUAUAUAUGCACAUAGAGUCACUGGACACAUUCCUAGAACUGUUACAGUUUAUGGAACUCUUUGAAACAUGGUGUUAUGCACAGUGCUGUUUUACACUCCUCACACAUAAAACGAGUGUCUGCAUUUUUGUGGGCAAGUUGUUGUGGUUGUGGUUGUGCAGGUUGUUGUGGUGUGUGGGUGGUUGUGGUUGUGCAGGUUGUGGUGUGUGGGUGAUUGAAGGUGGCCUUUGUUGUGGAUGUGCUGAGUCAGCAGCAUGGCUACCAGCCUGGGGUGCCACUGGUACCACAUGAAGCAUUUCACCAUACCACCCGCUGUCGCAUGUAUAUUAUCCAUCCCAAUUGUAACAUUACCCAUUACCCAUACCAUCUUUCCCACCAACCAUGCUGUCUUCCCCACCACCCACAUGGAAAUAAGUCACUGACUUUUUUUUGGGUUAACCUAGGUUCUCUACACAUAUGCUGCUAUGUAUGAUAAUAUAAUCUAUGUACAGUAGACCAUCAUUUAGCACAAGUUUAUUUGGCACGAUUUGAGUGUAGCAUGAUUGAAGAAUUGCGACACAACUUUAUGUAACACGUAAAAUCAAUUGAACACGAUUUGCGGGAGGGUAAAAAAUUUUGAGCGUGUGGUCGCCCGGUCGCCCGCGGUGGGGAGGCCUACCACCAUCCCCCCCGCCACCCACACCCACCCACACCAUGCUCCCAUCCUCCAGUUCGGUUCAUGCUGAUGUAGGACGAAGAUACAUACUCGGGAACCUCGCUGUGUUUAUUUACAUUCAUUGUACUAUAUAUUUUCAUUGCUAUUUGUUAAAUCUGCCAAGCAAUCAUGGCACCCAGUAAGCAUACAAGUGUUGCUGAAAGUGACAAGAAAAGGUUUAGGCGUUCAAGUCUAGGAAUUGCGAAGAAAAUUGAGAUACAGUGGUCCCUCGAUAAUCGUCUGGCUCGAUAGUCGUCCUUUUCGGAAAUCAUCGCUUUAUUUUCAUCCAAACAUUGGCUCGCAAAUGGUCAGUUGACUCGCUAAUCGUCGUUCGUCCUGGACGCGUACUCACAGCUCUGAGCUGGGUCGGCCUCCCUUCCCAGCCAGUGUGCCACUGUUUACCAGUGAGCAACGGUUCUCUCACUUGUUCAUACGAAAUAUUUCAUAAUAUUCCAUUCAUUUUAGUGCUUGCAAGUGCUAAAUAAGCUACCAUGGCUCCAAAGAAAGCUCCUAGUGCCAAGCCUUUGGUAAAGAAGGUGAGAAAUAUGAAUGAAUUUAAAAAAAACAUCAUUGAACAAUAUGAAAGCGUUAUAGGUAAGGCUUGGGAGGGAGUGACUACCAGGACUUUGAACUCUGCUUGGAGAAAAUUGUGGCCAGAUUGUGUCCACAAGAGAUAAUUUGAAGGGUUUGUGGCUGACCCUGAUGAGCCUAUGUCAGUUGUGAACUCUAUUGUGGCAUUGGGGAGUUCCAUGGGGUUGGAUGUGAGUUUGGAGGAUGUGGAAGAGUUGGUGGAGGACCACAACGAAGAGCUAACCACUGAGGAGCUGCAAGAGCUUCAGCAGGAGCAGCAACAGAUCGCAGCUCAGAAUCUUGCUGCAGAGGAGGAGGAAGAGAGAUGGAAGAAGGUGCCUUCUUCAGAAAUUAAGGAGAUUUUUGAAAUGUGGGGUAGGAUGGAAAGAUUUAUGGAGAAACAUCACCCUGAGAAGGAUGUUGCAAGCCAUAUCGGCAACUUGUACAGUGACAGUCUUGGCCCAUUUUAGGGAAGUUUUAAAGAGACGCCAGAAACAGAGCUCUCUGGACACUUUGCGAGACAGGACUCCUGUGACUCUCAAGCUGGUCCUAGUGGCAUUAAGAAACAGAGAAGAGAAGUAACCCCAGAAAAGGACUUGGUACCUGGGCUUUGAUGGAAGGGGAUUCCCUUUCCAAACAGUAACUAAUCCAAUCUCUCUCCUCCUCCAGUCUUUCAUACACUAAGAAGAAUUGCCAAUAAAGGUAAGUGUUAUGCUGUUAAUGUUUCAUUCAUCAUGUGCCAUUGUAUUGUUUAUGUACUACAUCUAUAUUUCAUGUAAAAAAAAUUUUUGUUUUAAUUCUUCUGGGUGUCAGGAACGGAUUAAUUGUAAUUGCAUUAUUUCUUACGGGGAAAAUUGAUUCGAAAAUCGUCUAUUUCGAUAAUUGUCGCACUCCCAGGAACGAAUUAGCGAGGGACCACGGUAUUAGAUAAGCUUAACCCUUUCAGGGUCCGUGUCAUAGAUCUACGGCUUUAUGUUCAGGGUCCAAACCGUAGCUCUACAGUCUACACCAUGAGCUCAGCUCACUCUGAUAAGCUGUGAGUGGUAAAUUUGGGCCUAGAUAUGAGAGAAUACAUCUGUGUGGUACAUGUGCACCACAUAAAACAAAUCCUGCAGCACACAGUGUAUAACAAGAGAAAAAACUGAGACUGUGAUUUUCGAUUAAAACAGCGACUUUUCAGUGUUUUUUCGUAUGUUUUUAUAGUUGUAUUUGCGAUUUCUUGGUCUUAUUUGAUAGAAUGGAAGACAUAUUACAGUUUGAUAGAAUGGAAGACAUAUUACAGAAAUAGAGAUGAUUUUGAUUGGUUUUAGCACUGGAAAUGGCUUGAAACUGAGCUCAAAGUAGCGGAAAUGUUAAAUUUUUGCCGAUGUUCAAGAGUAAACAAACGACCUCACACGUCUAAUACACACCAGCUGGUGGAUCUAAUAUACAUUCACAAAUGUGGUGAUGAUAUUUAUACAAUUAUUACAAUAUUUCAUAACAGUAAAUCUUCUAUUUUUUGGUUUGAAUAAAAAUUCAUUAUGUGAAUAAAAAAUCAAAAUGGAAUUCAUUUGUAAAGCCGCAAAACAUAACUAAUGAACAGAGGAAAUGUUUGUUUUGUGCCAGGAAUACCUACAUUGUUUAUUCUGGGCCCCUAUUUUGAAAUUGGAAUAUUUUGAACUUUGUGUUAAAUUGGCCAAAUUACCAAUUUCCGAUCGCUUUAUUUUGUAGUUGAAACAGUUGACUUGGCGAUUUCUUGUGCUCAAUCGAUAGAAUAGAAGUAAUACUAGUGAAAUAGCUAAGAAUUUGGUCGACUGGAAUAAUGUAAUUGGCCUAAAAUAGGAGGCAAAAUCGCCGAUUCAUAAAUAUCGCUGACACAUCAAAAUUCGCGAGAGCAUAAUUUCAUCAAUUUUCCAUCAAAUUUCGUACUUUUUGUUUUAUUACCUUCAGAAAAAGAUUCUCUACCAUUUCAUAAAAAAUAACAAAAAUUUUUUUUGAAAAUUCUUGGACCCUGGUGCGCACUUUGGAAUUUGGCUUCUGGACCCUGAAAGGGUUAAGAGUGGAUCACGUGUGGUGGAUAUAGUGAGGGCCUUUGGCCUUAAUGAAGCGUCAGUUUGUACAAUUAAAAAGAAUGAGGCAAAUAUUCGAGCUUGUGUAAUGAAUAACCCAAGAUGUCAUCUCAUGAAAAGAAUGACACGUAAGUCCCAACAAGUAAAUAAAGCAGAAAACUUGUUGCUUGAGUGGAUUGAACAGAAGACAAAGAAAGGUGCACCACUUAAUUUCCUCUUAAUUAGGGAAAAGGCUUUACAGUUGUUUAAAGCAGUGUGUGAUAAGGAAGGAAGACCUGAAAAAGUGUGUGUUUAGCACAGGCUGGUUCCACAUGUUUAAGUUGCAUAAUAUUAAGUUUUCUAGUGAAAGUGCUUCAGCUGAUCAUACAGCAGCAAGUAAUUUCCCUGCUGAAUUGCAGGAAAUUAUUUCUGAGGGUGGCUAUGAGCCACAUCAAGUGUUUAAUGUUAACAAGACAAGUGUUUUUUUGAAAAAAUGCCAACAUAAACUUAUAUCAGUCAGCAAGAGAAGAGUGCACUGGGCUUCAAGACAGCAAAGUAUCGCUUCACCUUGCUCCUUUGCAGUAAUGCAUCAGGUGAUUUCAGGUGUAAGCCCAUGGCUAUUUACUGCUCUAAGAAUCCUUGUGCUUUGAAAGGUGUAGAUAAAAACACCUUACCAGUAAUUUGGAGGUCAAACCAGUCAGCGUGGAUGACAGAGGAAAUAUUUAUUGACUGGUUUAAGCAUCACUUUAUUCCUGAAGUCAAGUUUUACCUGCACAGCAAGAACCUUGCAGUCAAGGCUCUCUUCAUUCUUGAUAAUUCCUGUACUCAUCCAUAAGCUUUGCUGGAUGUGACCUCACAUGUAAAAAUUGUAUUUUUACCUCCAAAUACAACAUCUCUAAUACAACCACUGGAUCGGGAAGUUAUUAAGUCAUUCAAGUGUAGCUACACAAAAAAAGUUAUGAAAAAACUAGUCGCAUCAGUGGACUCUGAUUCCAACUUGGCAGUACCAAGCUUCUGGAAUAAAUUUAACAUUGCAGAUGCUAUCAGCUAUGCUAGAAGUGCAUGGAAUGAAGUGCCCCAAUCAACAUUAAAUGCAGGUGGGGAAAGUUAUGGCCUUCUGUGGUUAAUUCUUUCACUGGUUUUCCCUUGCUUGAGAGUCAGGUUCAGGAAAUUGUUCAGCUGGCAAGGAAAUUACCAGGUGAUGGUUUUGAAGAUAUGAAUGAGCUCUUAGAUGAUGAUGAUGAAGACAGGAGUCCAGGGGAAAUGUUGGCAGAGCUCAAUGCAGAGAUACAAGGGAGGGAGUUAACAGAAGGAGAUGAAGAAGAACCUGAAGAAAAAGAGUUAACAUUGCAGCAAUAACAUGAGCAGUUCCAUGCUGCUGCUAAACUAGCAGACUUUUUAACUGAUGAAGACCCUGACAAAUCUAGAAGUAGUUCUUUGUAAUGAGGUCUAGACCAGCUGAUGAUGCCUUACUGUCAGUUGUAUAAUGUAUUGCAAGGUAAAAGAGCUCAGAGAUCUAUUACAGAAUUUAUGCACACUCCAAUACAACCAUCAACUUCAGUACCAGAACCUCUACCAUCCACUUCUGUCGACAACCAACAACCAUCCACCUCAGCCUAGUAGGGCCCCACCAUCCAUAUCCACUCUCUCCACAAUCAUCCAUUACCCACAAUUUAAGGUAAAUACUAUUAUUUCUAUUGCAUUUGUAGUCUUAAGCAGUAAUAUAUCAUGACAAUGAACUACAAUUACAUAUUCACAUUUAUUUUUGUAAAAUCUGUUUGGUCUAAAAAAAAGUUGUUUGGCUUUUUGGGGGCUCCCAGGAACGUAACCCUAUUUUCUCACAAGUUCUUCAGUUCAUCUAACAUGAUUUUACCUAACACGGCAUUUUCAAGAACGUAAUUACCAUGCUAAAUGAUGGUCCACUGUGAUUGUAUUUAUGCCAGGAGCAAGGGGCUAGUAACCUCUUCUCCUGUAUAUAUUACUGAAUGUAAAAGAAGAAACUUUAAUUUUUUCUUCUGGGCCACCCUGCCUCAGUGGGAUAUGGCUGGUGCAUUGAAAGAAGAAUUGUAUUUGUGUAUACCUGAAUAAACUUAUGUACACGCUAUCUUCCCCACCGCCCAUGCCAUCUUCCCCACCACCCACGUUAUCUUCCUCACCAGCCACACCAUCUUCUCCACCACCCGUGCUGUCUUGUCUUUUCACUAUCUGUUCCUGGUGUAAGGCCACGGGAUGUACUCCGAGAUGUACUCCUUCCCCUUGGAAUAGCAUGUGGCACACUACCAGAAUGCAUGUAGUCUCGUAUAAAUUGACGCUUCACUGGAGAAUAUUCCUCUUCAUUGUCGCUACUGGAAUUAUAAUCAAGAGAUUGAAAAAUCACAGUCAGUAUCACUGUCAUGGCCACUGCUCACAUCUGAGUCCUGGACAUGGGAAAAUAUGAGUUUCCUCUUUUGCUGUAGUACAAAUGAACAUGAACAAGACAACCCAGCACCAGAGGUGGAAGGUUGAUGGUUGUCUGGGUUUGCAGUACUAUUUCUGGUAUCCUGGGCAUUGCUUUCAGUCACAGACUCCUUAAAGCCAUGAAAUUCAUCUUCACUGACACUCCCAUCUGUGUUAGAACUAUCACUUGGUUAGAGAAGGUCCCAGUUCACCGGGGAGUGAGGUAUUCCUUACUGCUAGGCAUGGUGAACAAGGCAUACUGAACUGGCUCUCCCACAAUGCACUGUGGCCUCCCUGAUUUUUUUUAUACUGUGCACACUGAGCACAGACCCAUUCUCUCAUAUAGACCUACCAGCUUUUUCCCGCCAGAUUUGAUGCCGCUAGAAUUUUGGCGUAGUAUUAUGGGACCGACACUGGCUUGCAAGCCGUAAUAUUACAGGACUCGCAGUGAAAGGGUUAAGAGUGCCAUAAAGUCAUACAAAGGUUGCAAAAGAGUAUACUACUCAUGUCUGUAGUAUACUCUUUGCAGGGAAAGACUUGUAAAUGUGUUUUCUCCUUUGUAUGAGCUGACAAAGUUUUCUAUGAUGUGUAUAAAGCUCUUAACAGGGGAGCUUCCAAUAAAAGCAUUUGCAAUGUG